UGCACGCAGACGUUGUCCCGACAAACGCCGUUACAUUUGUAGUUUUGAAUUUAAAAAAGGUCCUAACAGCUAUUAAACGCGUGUUUAGCUGCUGGCAUCCUAAAAAUCCCGUGGGAUUUGUAAACGAAUUAGAUAUGAAUAUUCUUUCAGGGUUACGAACUUGUACGUUAUCUUAUAAGAAGUGAUUCCGGUUCAGUGGGAAGGUUUGAACGGUUCUCUGGAAAGUGACCAUUGUUGUAAUCAGGUCGAGGCUGUUAUCAUUUCCACUUGCGGACUCUUAUAGUUUUUUACCGGUUUACAGCUGAACACAGGGCAAGCUUUUAAGAGUGUCAUGAAAGAAAUGUCAAGCACCAUGCCUGGUGGGCAGCAGCCUCAGAAACACUAUGGCAUCACCUCUGCCAUUAGCCUUGCACCUCCACGAGAAAUAGACCACCAGUACACCAAGAAACUCUGUGAUGCUAUGAAACCUUUUGGGGUAUUUGAAGACGAAGAGGAAUUGAAUCAUAGACUUGCAGUUCUCGGGAAGUUGAAUAACUUUGUUAAAGAAUGGAUUGCAGAGAUCAGUGAAUUAAAGAAUCUACCACCAUCAGCUAUUAGCUGUGUUGGGGGCAAGAUAUUUACAUUUGGUUCGUACCGCCUUGGGGUGCACACAAAAGGAGCUGAUAUUGAUGCCUUAUGUGUGGCUCCACGUCAUGUAGAGAGAAGUGACUUUUUCCAGUCUUUCUUUGAGAAAUUGAAACAGCAUGAAGAGAUCAAAGACUUGAGGGCUGUUGAGGAUGCUUUUGUACCUGUGAUAAAAUUCAAAUUUGAUGGAAUAGAGAUUGACCUGCUUUUUGCCAGACUGGCCUUACAAUCCAUUCCAGACAACCUGGACCUGAGGGGAGACUCCAUCCUGAGAAACUUGGACAUUCGGUGUAUCCGCAGCCUUAAUGGCUGUCGAGUGACUGAUGAAAUUUUGUACCUGGUGCCAAACAAAGAAAACUUCAGGUUGACACUGAGAGCCAUCAAACUGUGGGCAAAACGUCGUGGGAUCUACUCCAACAUGCUGGGGUUUCUGGGUGGAGUGUCAUGGGCCAUGCUGGUGGCCAGGACCUGUCAGCUCUACCCAAACGCUGUAGCUGCCACACUCGUCCACAAGUUCUUCUUGGUUUUCUCUAAAUGGGAGUGGCCAAAUCCUGUGUUACUGAAACAGCCUGAGGACAGUAAUCUGAAUUUACCCGUGUGGGAUCCUAGAGUGAACCCGUCUGACAGAUACCACUUGAUGCCCAUCAUCACACCUGCCUAUCCCCAGCAGAACUCCACCUACAACGUCUCCACAUCAACACGCACAAUCAUGAGCGAAGAGUUCAAAUAUGGGCUCAGCGUCACAGAUGAGAUUCUUCAGGGAAAAGCAGAAUGGUCCAAACUCUUUGAGCCGCCCAGCUUUUUCCAAAAGUACAAGCAUUAUAUAGUUUUGACUGCCAGUGCGUCCACAGAAGAAAACCACUUGGAAUGGAUCGGUCUGGUGGAGUCAAAGAUCCGCGUUCUUGUGGGAAACCUGGAAAGGAACGAGUACAUCACCCUGGCUCAUGUCAACCCCCAGUCCUUCCCCGGGUCCAAAGAGAACCGGAACGAGAACGACUUUGUGUCCAUGUGGUUCAUUGGGAUUAUCUUCAAAAAAGUGGAGAAUGCAGAGAGUGUGAACAUUGACCUGACAUAUGACAUCCAGUCCUUCACAGACACUGUGUACAGACAAGCCAACAACAUCAACAUGCUGAAGGAUGGGAUGAAGAUUGAAGCAACACAUGUAAAGAAGAAACAGCUCCAUCAGUAUCUUCCUCCUGAACUGGUGCAAAAGAAGAAGAGGAGCAUAGCAGAGUUGAACCGUAGCUCUAAUGGCGGAAGCUCUAAGCGGAUCUCUCUGGACAGCAGUCAUCUGGACAGCUCCAGAGACACAGACUCGGGGACUCCCUUCAGCUCCCCAGCCAACAAACCCUCCAAGCCUGCAUCUGACACAGAUGAUGGUGCCAGCCCUCCAAAGCAGCUCUUUGUGGAAGGCUCCCCAUCACCCAGUGCGGCACCAGCUGCUAAAGACCAAGGCAUGUCUAUCCCUGUCAUUGGCUCAAAGCUUCCAGUUAAAGUUAAGCCUCCUUCCCCACCAGCCAGCAGCUCCGUCACCCCAGUGCUGAGCAGCAGUGUUAAGCCCAAUGCCACCAGCAGCCCCAGAGAGGAGCCCAACGGCCUGGAGGACUCUGUCAAUGGAGCUCCCACCAAGAGACCACACUCACCUACACAAGAGGACCUGGCCAAGAGGCUCAAAGAUACAGAGGUGGUGUCCAACGAUGACUCUAUAUUUAAAGAGCCAUAUCCACCAUCCUCUGACUCCUUACCGCCUGGAGAAGGACCUAAUAUUACCCCUAUUUCUGGAUCAAAGGCUAAGCCCAUUCCAACCAUUGAUACCUCAAGAACACAGAGACUUCCCAGCAUGGAGCUGCCAGACGCCUCCUCGCCUCUCCCAGCCAGCAACAGUUGUCGUGUUGUGAAGAAUUCAAUUAAACUGGCCCUCAAUCGCCACAACAUCACACCUCCCAAGCCCCCAGUAUUUGAGGGGACCCUCACCACUGACACUCCUCCUGCCAGCGAAGAGAAGGGCAUGUCCAUUCCUGUCAUUGGCUCAAAACAUGUGGCAUCCAAACACGUGGCGCCUCCCGUCGGCAGCUCCAUCCCCACAUUAGUGAGCAGAGGAGCCGACCCACUGAACGGAGCAGCCUCCAAGAGACCCCACUCCCCCUCUCUGGAAGAGCAGGCCAAGAGGCUGAAAGAAACAGAGAAGGCCAGAAUCCACAUAGCUUGAACACACGAAUGAUAGACUGGAUUCAUCCACACAGAGGUGGGGGCUUUACAUUUAAGUCAAACACCGAGACGAUGACUUCACACGGGGACAGGGAGUGUGUUCAGUCUCAAGAGUGAAGCAGCAGGACGGACGCCUCAACUCAAAUCUUCAGAGAUUCCAGAUUUGCCAGUGGAUAGGUGAUUUGGUCAAUGUUGUCUGCGCCCUCUGGCACACUCACAACCAGAGGGCAUUUAACACAACUUUAUGGAGAUAUCUGACAUGAGAACUAAAGCAACAGUUUUUUUACUCAUCUUGUCCCUCAGUGUUUGAAAAUGCACACAGCAAUGAUGGAAAAUGAGCUGUUCUUCUUUUCAUUUUCCCUUUUUUCUUUUCCAGUUAACAUGUUUUAAAACAGCCCAAAACGUUUAUCGACGCUUGCUACACACACUUCUGGUGUAUGCUGAUUUUCUUUUCUUUUUUUUUUUUCUUUUUUUUUCUCUCUUUUCUCCCAAACAGAAACCUGUACAGUAAAUGUUGAUGUACAUAACUUUUUUGUCUUAAAAAAAGAAGCAAAAGAUCACUGUUAAAGUCUUUUGACCAUUCUAUUGUAGUUUUAUCUAAAAAGAAAAAAAAAUGUUUAAAAAAUUGUAAUUUCUUGUUUUUCUCUACUGCUUGUCCAACAAAUGUGUCUCCAGCCCUGGAUAUCUUUUGUAAACAUUGUAUAGGUUUGGAUACUUGCAGGGAGGAUUUAUUGAGGGUUUGCUUAUGACGGAAAUCACAACCACAACUCUUUGGGCCACCAUGACUACCCAAAGAGGACUCCAGGGUAGUAUCGGACCUGCAGUGUGUAGGCGAUCGUAGACGCCCGGUGACAUCAGUGCUUCUCAGGUGCCAGUAAGAGCAAGAAAAUCAACCUCACAACAACAGGAAACGUCAAGCAUUUUCUGGAAGUGAUGAAAUGGGUCUGAAGCUUUUCAGUCAUUGUUUAGCUCUUUUGAAGGAUUAGUUCAAAAACAUUGGAAGAACCAUAUCAAGAUGCUACGCUAAUCCUUCUGUUCAGUAGCUUCAGUGUCUCUGUGUCACGCCAACCGUUCGUCUUGGAUUAAAAGAAAAGGUUGAUGAGUUUUCUGCUUACUUUUCAUAGUGUGUUUAAGCCCGAUGUCGGAUAAGUGUGGUUGACACAAAAAAGUGAGUGUGACAGGUCACAAGAAAGCUGUCGCAAGUAAGUGUUUAAACAUUGGUUUUGUGUAUGUACCUGUGAUUGACAGAUUGUCUGACACCUAAAAACUAUCCUCUAAUCCAUCAGGAAAGCUAAAUAACAGGAUACUGUUUGACCCCCCCACCACCACCACCACCACCACUUCAACGUGGUCUGUUUGCUAGUGAGGCUCGAUCCUGACGAAGCGAAGUCCUGGCUGUUUUCGUGUUCAGUGUCCAUGAAAGAGUUUGUGGUGCUUUUGUGAAAAAUGGUUCGAAGCUUUUUGACGAGUUGUGCUGGUUUGUGUGUGUAUGCAUGCGUAUGUGGUUGACUGUGUGUGAGCGUGCAUGCAUAGAUGGUUUAUGUGCUGGAGAGAGAUGGAAUUCCCUUCGUUUUGGGUGUUUAACCCUCUGCGCCUCCUGUGGAGGUUCUUAAAAGGCAUCUCCUAGGGCCACGGGUGGGGGGUCGGGAGACAACUUUUUCCUGCCUUUGGCCCCAGCCCUCCAUCUUUAUGAUCUGAAGCUGGGUUUCUUUGUGUUGGUCUUCAGCACAGAGGUUCUAUGUAUACAACAAAGUGUAAAGUGAUGCUAGAGAAGCGCCCUCUUCAUCGGAGCAGGUAGAGAGUUGGGACACAGGCUCUUUUUCCAGCAUCAGUUUCCCCAACUAUAUGUACAGAGAACAUUUUUUUCAAAAGGCAUAUUCUUCAUUAUUGGGGGUUUUCUUAUCACUUUAUUUAUAUUUGCAUAUUUGUACCAUGUGAUCUUUUUUUUAAUAGCAUUCAUAGCAGGUAGGUCUUUUUUGAAUGAAAUCUGCACCACUCUGUUUCAGACAACUCAUGUUUUGCUGUUCAGAAACAUUUAACAAAACAGGUCAUUUAGAUGUUUGUUUCUAAAAUGUAUUGAAAGGGUAUUUUUGUAUGUGUUUAUCACUUCCUUUAAAUGAAUCUGUACACCAAUUAAACCCCUAAAAACUA